AUGUCUGCUAUUUCAGGCCCAAGAUCACCCUCUUCUCCGUGGCCCUCAGAGUCCCCGAAUCUGCAACGCGCAGGCCCUUCGAAUCCAGCGGCCCUUUUCCCUUUAUACGAUCCCCAUCCGUCUCCGCGCAGUCCCAACAUCAAAUCCCCCAAGACAGCUCCAAGUGGUUCCGGAUCCAGUUAUUUCUCAAUCAGUGUGGACAGCUGUGUAAAUUCGAGAAAGAAACGGGAUACGUCAUUUUACUCCCAAUAUUCAAUCACUAAUCCAGAAUCGCAAUGUCUACCUAAGAAGACGGUGUCCGAUAAGGCGGGCGUCUUGAAGGCGACAUUGAGGCCCGACGAACGCAAAGAAUCCUCAAAUUAUGCACUUACCUUAAACCGUGAUCCGAACAAACAGAAACUAACUUCAGAUUGUUCGAAUUCUUCGUUGGAGUUAAAUUUGGGGAACUACUAUGCCGUCUCUGCUGAGCACUGUGCAGAGCUCCUUGAAUCAUACCAACAUGAUGUCAUGUUGUUAGAUGUGAGGCCAUUUGCGCAUUUUGCGAAAGGGAAUAUUAAAGGGUCAUUGAAUCUUUGUAUCCCAACCACUUUACUCAAGCGCCCUUCGUUUGAUACUAAAAAAUUAGAAAACACGUUCACAGAUGAGUCAGACAAGAGAAGCUUUGCGAGAUGGCGAAAAUGCCGGUACAUCGCCGUGUAUGAUGCGGCUACAUCUGAUGUAAAAGAUGCUGUUCAAUUGACAAACGUCCUGAAAAAGUUUACAGUUGAAGGGUGGAAUGGCGAGGGGCUGAUACUACUCGGUGGCUUCAAUGCCUUCUCUAAUCGAUUUCCAACUUUCGUACAACAAAAAUCUCUCAUUCCUGGGGUAUCCUCUAAGCCGUCUCCGAUGCAGAUCGAUCUUCCGGCUGGUGCUCCAAUUUCUGGCGGGUGCGCUUUACCAGACGUCUCUCAUCCUAUUGUCCCAUUCUUUGGAAAUAUACGCCAGCAUAUGGAUCUUCUUGGCGGUGUGGGUCAAAUCCCUCUUCAGCUACCUAAAGGGUUCACAGAGAUCAAAAGAAAAUUGCUUCCUACUUGGCUGUGUGAGGUGGCAGACCCAGCAGACAAGGGCCGGAACGUUUCUGAAAAGUUUUUAGAUAUUGAAAAAAGGGAGCUGGAACGUAUGAAGCAAGCCUUGUCAUACAAUAAAUCUGUCGAUUCUACCUCAGUCGAUGCCCCUCGUGGCAAAUACCGUGUUGCCGGUAUUGAAAAGGGAGCAAAAAACAGAUAUAAUGAUGUCUAUCCUUUCGACCAUUCCAGAGUUAGGCUACAGGAUGUCCCCCGCGGUGACUGUGACUAUGUGAAUGCAAAUUAUAUGAAAGCCGAAUAUAGUAACAAACGCUAUAUUGCUACACAAGCUCCUGUGCCUGAUACAUUUAAUUCGAAGCAGCUGUUUCAGAUACUUGUGGACCGUUCAUUUCAGCAGCUAUAUGGGGCGCAAUUUCAUGCUCGCUGCACAAAUUUUCGAUUUGGAGCAAAGGUGCUCGAUGUUAAGUCAUCUUCGCUUGCCCCCGACGACCAAAUACUUGCUUUGGUUAUCAGAGACCAAGAAGAAGUCCAUUUAUUCCGGGCUGAGAAUGGAGACAUUCAGCAUAAAGCUCAAUUAAAAUUGUCUUUGGGCCAACCAGGGAAAAUUCAGGUGCUCAAAACGGCUUUCGAUAGUGACGACGGUGUCUAUGUUCUCCAACGCUUUACUCCUACUGUAAUCGAAGACGACUUAGAAACAGGGCAUCCAUUCAUCAGGCAGGCCCUGCAGUCAAGCUCCAAUGGUGGUCGGCUCUAUCUCGCCCGCCAUUCUUUUCGGUUUCCUCAUUCUCCUGUUCGAGUGUGUACAUUUCCGGAUCAGGUAGACUUUGAGCCCUUGGCUAUUGCUGCUUCCCACAAAGACACCUUUGCAAUAUCUUGGCAGCAUGUUCGUGACCCUUGCAUUCAUGAAGUGGUCCUUUACACCGCACUGACUGAGUCGAGUGGCGAUGGCGCGCCGGGAAUAAUAG